AUGUCCAACAACAUGGCCAAGAUCGCCGAGGCCCGCAAGACGGUGGAGCAGCUCAAGCUGGAGGUGAACAUCGACCGCAUGAAGGUGUCAAAGGCGGCGGCGGAUUUGCUGGCCUACUGCGAGGCGCACGCCAAAGAGGACCCGCUGGUGACCCCGGUGCCCUCCUCGGAGAACCCCUUCCGCGAAAAGCGGCUCUUCUGCAUCGUGCUGUGAGCCCUGCGGCCAGCGACUCA